AUGUCAUUUGAAGACCUUCGUGAGCUAGAGAAUCCUUGGUUCUCCUAUGCAUAUGUCGGGCACACGAAGUUCAUCCGGCAGUUCUCUAGCUUUUACAGUGGGCGAUAUCUGGAAAAGUCCUUCCUAGGGCUCGAGGAUUACAUAGGCUUUACCGCCAUGCAUUUGGCCUGCCUUUCGGGAAGACUGAACGUUGUUCAGCUUCUUGUUGAUAAAGAGCUGCCAUUAUAUACGCAUAGAGACGUGACUAUCGAGCUCCUACCAGUGACAGACGACUCUUCUCCACCGGUGAGAACAACACUCUACAAGGGUGCCUCCGCCCUUGCUAUAGCUGUCGCGCGCGGGCACCAUCAUAUCGUAAAGUUCCUUCUGAGCUACACAGCCACAGACUUCAACGUACUGGAAUUAUUGACAAGGUCCUUUACGUCAAAGGAUCCCGCAAACAUUCUUAACGCUACUCUGAGCCAGAACAAGGCCAUUCUGGGGCCCCUUCUGGCUAUGAACGACGUCGAUAGCGGCUUAGAGCCAAGCUCAUAA